GGAGGACACAGCCGCGUGCGCUACAAGAUAGCAGAGGACAGUGACCCGAGACGACAGUUCAGUGUAGAUGGGUCGGGGGCGGUCUGGGUUGUGGGCGGCCUGGAUCGCGAGACAGCGGCCGCCCACUCCGUGCUGGUGUGGGCGGUGGAUGACGGCACCCCACCCAGGACUGCCACAGCCACCCUCACUGUGAACGUGACGGACGUGAACGACAACCCGCCGUUCUUGGUGGUGCCGCGGGAGGUGGAGGUGGUGGAGAACGGCGGGGCCCAGGUGGUGGCCCGGGUGAGGCUUGGGGACCCUGACGACUGGCGCCAGGGCCACGGGCCGCCCUUCACCGUAGCCCUUGACCCCAAGGCGCCCCAGCACGUACUCGACACCUUCAGGGUCACCCACGACAAGAGAGGGGACGAGGGGCGUGGCGUGGGCGUGGUGUGGACACGGGCGGGGCUAGACAGGGAGGAGCGGCGCUCCCUGCUGGUGCCGCUGGUGGUGGCAGACGCCGGCUGGCCGCCCCUCACCGCCACCGCCACCCUCACCGUCCAUGUGGGCGACCUCAACGACAACCCCAUGACCCCCGCCGCCAAGACUGUCACUGUCCACACCCUGCAGCCACAGGGGAGGCCGGUGCCCCUGGGGAGAGUGUACGUCCAGGACCCCGACGACUGGGACGCCGCCGCCAAGACGUACUCCUGGAGACACCAUCUGUCUGGCUUCUUCCUUGACACUGACACCGGCGACCUCACUAUGGCCCCCGACACUCCUGACGGCCGAUGCAUCUGUCCUCACGGCACCUGGGGUUCUCGCUGUAAAGUGAUCGUUAGGCACUUCGAGGACGACGGUGGAGGGUCAGACUUGGGAACUAGUGAAGACGAGGUUGUUACAGUGGGCGGAUGGGCGUGGGUGCCGCCCAUCCCGCCUUGUGCCGAAGUCCACCUGAGUCUGGAGGUGCUGACCAGAUCCAUUGCGGCCACGCUGCUGUACUCAGGACCGGACCAGGGGGCACCAACCCCAGGGACCGAAGAGAACACCGCUAGGGACCUGUUGCUGCUGGAGCUGCGUCAGGGCCGUCCGUCUCUCCUGCUGGACCUGGGAGGCGGCCCUGUCACCCUCGACCUCAACGCCUCCUACUCCCUGGCAGACAACACCUGGCACAGGAUCGACCUUAUAUGGAAAGACGAGUUGGUGGAAAUGAUUGUGGACUUGUGCACGGGCAACGGACCAGAUGACGUACCACCGCCGCCACCCUCCACCCUCGCCCACAACCACUCCAAGACGAACACCCAUCCCGACGCCCACACUUGUAGAGGGGCGGCCAGACUGCCUCAUGCCGCCCGCGUCCUCAACACAAGUGGACCGCUACAAGUGGGUGGACUGUCUCACCCUCUACCAGCAAACACUUUACAAGGGAGUUUCCCACCUUUCUAUGGCUGUCUCCGGAACCUCAGAGUCAACGGCCAGCUGGUGGACCUGGGCGGCGGCGUCCUCGGCCAGGGCAGUUACCCCGGGUGUCCUGCCGCAGACUGCCUCUCCAGUGGCCUCUACUGUGGCCUCCACGGCAGGUGCCAGGGGUCGCCUGGCUCCCUGCGGUGUGAGUGCCUGCCGGGGUGGGCGGGGCCAGGCUGUGCCACGCCCACCACGCCCACUACUUUCCUCCACAACAGUUACGUGAAGCUGACCCUCUCCUUCACGCCCCUCGGCUACACCACCACCAUCUCCCUCAGGUUCAGGACGCGGAGGAGAGGAGGUGAACUGGUGGUGAUGACGUCACAACAUGGGCUGGACAUGUGGGCGGUGGAGAUGGUGGGCGGCCGCGUGUGUGUAGUGCUGCGUCUCCACCCGCGACCCAUCACCUCCCUCUGUCUCUCCCGGGCCGCCCUCGCUGACGGCCGCUGGCACUCUCUCCUUGCUGCAAGGUACGGCUCUGCGGUCUUCCUCACGGCUGACGACGGCGACGGGGACCUGUACAACGCCUCGGUGGUGCUGGAGGGACGCCAGCUGCUGCAGGUGGACGGCCAGGAGGGCGUCCACGUGGGAGGCACGCCCGAGUAUGCUGGAGUCAACGUGUUCAGCAUACACAGAGACUAUCACAAUGGAUGUAUGGACGACCUGAGGAUCUCCGGGCGGAGGAUACCACUACCGCCAGCGGUCAACAGCACAGCUUGGGGUCAGGUCAGCGUGUUCCAGGGCGUCGAGCAAGGGUGUGGUGGUCCUCCUGCUUGUGCCAACGUCUCCUGCAGGCCCCCGCUCUCCUGCGUCGACACCUGGAGGUCCUACCAUUGCGGGUGUGGUGAGGGCCGGGCGCUGAGCAGUAGUGAGGAGACGUGUGAGGACGAGGACGAGUGUGUGUGGCGUCCUUGUCUUAACGGAGGCACCUGCUUCAACACCCAGCCAGGCUUCAUGUGUGCGUGUCCGGCGGGGUUCAGCGGACAACACUGUCACCUGCCAGACGUGGGGGAGACUUCACUAAAACUGCCGCUCGGGAUCCUGGUGACCAUUGUCGUCUGGUGCACAUUUCUCCUGCUGCUGAUCUGCGCCUUUCUGCUGCAUCAGCACCACCGCCGCUCUGCGCUGCGCAGAGGCGCCGCUGACAACAAGGAAGACGCCGUCAGCUGUGAGCAACAGGUUUCCCCGCCCUGCAACAACACGCCCAACCUGCUGGAGCUGCAACUGUUGACGCCGCCCAAAGCCAACGGUCAGCCUGCCUGGACCAAGAACCCCAACAUAGCAGGCGUAGAUGUGCUGCAGGUGGACGCCGCCUCUGAGACCAGCAGCAUGGAGGACCAGAGACGGAGCGGGUCCUUAGUGCCUGCCCCGGACGUUGAGCGUGGAGGCAAGAAAUCCGGAGGGACGACGUUGGAGAAGGGGAAGCAGAACGGCGUCGGCGGUAAGAGAGGUACCGGCAGUAUCCCUCCCGCAGGGGACCUCCUGAGGAAUUAUGCUUACGAAGGCGAUGACUCUUCUCCC